GACAUUGAACUGGACAUUGAGAAAAAAUGUCCUGCACUUAAGCAAUACAUCACUGGAUCAGAAAAAUCUAAAUUAGAAGAAGAAGAAUGGAUUAUUGAUCUUGACUUUGAUACUGUAAAAUCCAUGUUCGAUCCAGUAAUUGCAAAAAUUUUAAGAUUAAUUGGUGACCAAUUGUCAAAAUGUUCAGAUUGUUCUGUGCUAUUUUUAGUGGGAGGUUUUGGUGAGUCGAAGUACCUACAACAUAGAAUUAAAGAAAGGUUUGAAAAUCAAGUGAUGGUAGCAAUUCCACCUAAUCCUUCUGCUGCAAUUGUAACGGGUGCAUGUGAAUAUGGACUUGAUAUGAAGAUUGUGACCACGAGAGUGUUAAAAUGGACAUAUGGAGUUCAAGUUUCUCCACUUUGGAAAACUGGUGAUCCACUAUCACGCAAGGGUUCUGAUGGCCGGAUAGAUAAGUUUCUGUUAUUGGCUAGAAAAGGGACAGAAGUGGAUGUUAAUGAAGAAUUCUCUGAUAGUAUGGUGCCAAUUUAUCCGGAUCAAACUUCUAUAUUGUUUCAAUUUUUUUAUACUACAAACUAUAGUGCAACGUAUUGUGAUGAACCAGGAAUGAAAAAAUUGGGUAGUUUUGAGGUUACUGGUCUGCCCACUGAACGAUCAGGAUUAGAUCGUUCA